UAGCAGCAGAAGAAGACAACAAACACACCGACCAUAAUAUGUCAGCGUCAUUGGGCGGGAAACCGCUGGCUCUGAGUCACGGAUCAAAGAUCCACGUCAGCUCUGAGGUCCAUCAGGAAGUCUUUGUCAGAGUGAGGAAGAGAGACCUGGAGAAGCUGACCACAGAGGUGAUGCAGCUUAGGGACUUCCUUCCCAGAGUCCUGAAUCCGAACCUGAUGGAGAUGCUGCAUCAGGCUCGAACAGCUCAGACAGUGAAGGAGCUGCUUGUGCAGGAACAGGAGCAGCUGAGACAGAAGUGUCUGCACCUCCAGUCCAGACUGGACGCAGUUCAGACUGACUGUCAGAGAGAGAGAGAGGAGAAGCUGCUGUUACGUGAGCAGCUGUGGCAGAGUGGAGCAGAGCUGCAGCAGCAGGCAGACUUCUGCUCUGGUCUGGGAUCUGCAACCUGCAGUCUACUGUGGAGCUGCUCUGUCAUAGAGGACACAGUCACACACUGGCUGGCUGACGGGAAGCUGCAGGCCUUUCUGGCUGUAGCUGCUCAGACUCUGGAGAGCUUCGUCAGGUCUCUGGAUGUGGAGCUGAAGACCCAGACUGAGGACCAGAACUCCCAGGAGCACCAAUUUGUGUUGGCUCUAGCUGGAACCAUCACCAACAUAGCGGCAGUCACGUGUGGGCGGGACUACCUGUCUGGCUCGGCUCACACCCUGCUGGACAUUCUGAUGAAGCUGCUAGAGCUGAUGAAGCCUGGAGUCUUCCCCAAGCUGAAGGUGUUGAUGCUGAUGGCUCUGUAUAAUGUCAGCAUCAGUGUUAAAGGACUCAAGUACAUCAGUGAGAACCCAGGACUCCUGCCUCUGAUCUGGACCCUGCUGAAUGAUGGAGAGUGGGAGGUGUGUCUCCACUCUCUGCGUCUCCUCCAGUCUCUGCUGCUGGACGAGGAGGUGCUGCUCCUGCUGGGCUCCUCUCUGCUGGAUCCAGACCUCCAGGCUCGAGUCCACCACCUCACCACUAGUGUUGAACCAAGCCUGAGACUGGCUGCCCAGCAGACCCUGGAGGACCUGCAGGUCCUCCAACAGGGUCGAGGGUGUGAACAGAACAGCCUCUGAUGUGGAUCCAGCAUCUUCAGUCCAGUCCUGGUCCUGUGUUCAGUCCCC